GCUCUGAAAGAGUUCCAGCUGAAAUUCCAGAGCGGACGGACUCGCUGCCGCUUCAGAGGCGGUGACCCCAAACUGCCAGUGCUCGCUGCUGCCGAGCUGCAGGAUGGUGCACGUGCACGUCGCCAGGCCGCUGUUGCUGCUCCUCGCUCUCUUCCUACGCGCGGACGCCGACACACCUCCAAGGUUUACAAGAACUCCCGUUGACCAGACAGGGGUCUCUGGCGGAGUUGCCUCUUUCAUUUGCCAAGCUACAGGAGACCCAAGACCUAAAAUUGUCUGGAACAAAAAAGGAAAGAAAGUCAGCAAUCAGAGAUUUGAGGUAAUAGAGUUUGACGAUGGAUCUGGAUCAGUUCUCAGAAUACAACCCUUACGGACUCCACGGGAUGAGGCCAUUUAUGAAUGUGUGGCCUCGAAUAAUGUGGGAGAAAUAAGUGUAUCCACCAGACUCACAGUUUUGCGUGAGGAUCAAAUUCCCAGGGGCUUCCCUACCAUUGACAUGGGCCCACAGUUGAAGGUGGUCGAGCGUACACGCACUGCCACCAUGCUUUGUGCAGCCAGUGGGAAUCCAGAUCCAGAAAUAACUUGGUUUAAAGAUUUCUUACCUGUCGACACAAGCAACAACAAUGGCCGUAUUAAGCAGUUACGAUCAGAAUCUAUUGGUGGUACACCAAUAAGAGGCGCCCUUCAGAUCGAACAGAGCGAAGAAUCUGACCAAGGAAAAUAUGAGUGUGUUGCCACCAACAGCGCGGGCACUCGCUAUUCUGCCCCUGCCAAUUUAUAUGUCAGAGAGCUGCGAGAAGUUCGCCGUGUCCCACCAAGAUUCUCUAUCCCACCUACUAAUCAUGAAAUCAUGCCAGGUGGAAGUGUUAAUAUCACCUGUGUGGCCGUGGGGUCACCAAUGCCUUAUGUGAAAUGGAUGUUGGGGGCAGAAGAUCUGACACCGGAAGAUGAUAUGCCAAUAGGAAGAAAUGUACUAGAACUGAAUGAUGUGAGACAGUCAGCAAAUUAUACCUGUGUUGCUAUGUCAACACUGGGUGUCAUUGAAGCAAUAGCACAGAUCACUGUCAAAGCCUUACCCAAACCUCCAGGAACUCCUGUAGUGACCGAGAGCACAGCCACAAGCAUCACAUUGACGUGGGACUCUGGGAAUCCUGAGCCUGUCUCUUACUACAUCAUUCAACAUAAACCUAAAAAUUCUGAGGAACCUUACAAAGAAAUUGAUGGGGUGGCAACGACACGCUACAGUGUCGCUGGACUAAGUCCCUACUCGGAUUAUGAAUUCAGGGUUGUUGCUGUCAAUAACAUUGGGCGGGGACCUCCCAGCGAGCCUGUGCUAACACAAACCUCAGAACAAGCACCAUCCAGUGCCCCACGGGAUGUGCAGGCACGGAUGUUAAGUUCAACCACCAUUUUGGUACAGUGGAAGGAACCUGAAGAACCAAAUGGACAGAUCCAAGGAUACAGAGUUUAUUAUACAAUGGAUCCCACUCAGCACGUCAACAACUGGAUGAAGCAUAACGUAGCUGACAGCCAAAUCACUACUAUUGGCAACUUAGUGCCCCAGAAAACAUAUUCUGUCAAAGUUCUGGCUUUUACCUCAAUUGGAGAUGGUCCUCUUUCAAGUGACAUACAAGUCAUCACUCAGACAGGAGUACCAGGGCAACCACUAAACUUCAAAGCAGAACCUGAGUCUGAAACAAGUAUUUUGCUGUCUUGGACACCUCCACGUUCAGACACCAUUGCCAACUAUGAACUGGUCUACAAAGAUGGGGAGCCUGGCGAGGAGCAACGGAUUACCAUUGAGCCUGGGACAUCUUAUAGACUGCAAGGGCUGAAACCCAACAGUUUGUACUACUUCCGUCUGGCCGCACGCUCUCCUCAAGGCCUGGGUGCUUCCACAGCUGAAAUAUCAGCCAGAACCAUGCAGUCAAAGCCGUCAGCUCCUCCUCAAGACAUUAGUUGCACCAGCCCAAGUUCCACUAGUAUUUUGGUAAGUUGGCAACCUCCGCCAGUGGAAAAACAGAAUGGCAUUAUUACUGAAUACUCCAUCAAGUACACCUCAGUGGAUGGGGAAGAUGAUAAACCUCAUGAAAUUUUGGGCAUUCCUUCGGACACUACUAAAUACCUUUUGGAACAGCUGGAAAAAUGGACUGAGUACCGCAUCACUGUGACAGCCCACACAGACGUCGGCCCUGGCCCCGAGAGCUUCUCCGUGUUGAUUCGAACUGAUGAAGAUGUUCCUAGUGGUCCUCCUCGAAAAGUCGAGGUAGAGGCUGUCAACUCAACAUCUGUUAAAGUCUCAUGGCGCUCACCUGUGCCCAAUAAGCAGCAUGGCCAGAUAAGAGGAUACCAGGUGCAUUAUGUGAGGAUGGAAAAUGGUGAGCCCAAGGGCCAGCCCAUGCUGAAGGAUGUCAUGCUGGCUGAUGCACAGUGGGAAUUUGAUGAUACUACUGAACAUGACAUGAUUAUUUCUGGGCUACAGCCUGAAACUUCCUACUCCCUCACGGUCACAGCCUACACCACCAAAGGAGAUGGUGCUCGCAGCAAGCCCAAACUGGUGUCCACCACUGGGGCAGUUCCAGGGAAACCCCGUCUUGUGAUUAACCACACUCAAAUGAAUACUGCUCUCGUUCAAUGGCACCCCCCUGUGGACACAUUCGGACCUCUUCAGGGUUAUCGUCUAAAAUUUGGCCGGAAAGAUACGGAACCACUCACUACUCUUGAGUUCUCUGAGAAAGAAGAUCAUUUUACAGCUACGGACAUCCAUAAAGGAGCAUCAUAUAUCUUCAGGCUCUCAGCCAGAAACAAAGUGGGCUUUGGGGAAGAGAUAAUGAAAGAGAUUUCUGUUCCAGAAGAAGUCCCAACUGGAUUCCCUCAAAACCUCCACUCAGAAGGCACCACUUCAACCUCUGUCCAGUUAUCCUGGCAGCCACCUGUCCUGGCAGAGAGAAAUGGCAUCAUCACCAAGUAUACUCUUCUGUAUAGGGAUAUCAACAUCCCUCUUCUUCCAAUGGAGCAGCUUAUUGUUCCAGCUGAUACCACUAUGACACUCAGUGGCUUAAAACCAGAUACCACAUAUGAUGUAAAAGUACGUGCUCACACGAGCAAAGGGCCCGGGCCAUAUAGUCCCAGUGUCCAGUUCAGGACACUGCCUGUGGAUCAAGUGUUUGCAAAAAAUUUUCAUGUCAAAGCAGUAAUGAAGACUUCAGUGCUGUUGUCUUGGGAAAUUCCAGAAAAUUAUAAUUCUGCCAUGCCUUUCAAAAUUCUUUAUGAUGAUGGGAAAAUGGUAGAAGAAGUCGAUGGCCGGGCUACCCAGAAGUUAAUUGUCAACUUGAAGCCUGAGAAGUCAUAUUCAUUUGUGCUGACCAAUCGUGGGAACAGUGCUGGUGGGCUGCAACACAGGGUAACAGCAAAGACUGCACCAGACGUACUACGUACCAAGCCUGCCUUCAUUGGGAAGACCAACCUGGAUGGCAUGAUUACUGUGCAACUUCCUGAAGUACCCGCAAAUGAGAACAUAAAAGGUUACUACAUAAUAAUUGUGCCUUUGAAGAAAUCUCGUGGGAAAUUUAUCAAGCCAUGGGAGAGUCCAGAUGAAAUGGAAUUAGAUGAGCUGCUUAAAGAGAUAUCUAGGAAACGCAGAAGCAUCCGAUAUGGGAGAGAAGUUGAAUUAAAGCCAUAUAUUGCUGCUCACUUUGAUGUCCUUCCCACUGAGUUCACCCUGGGGGAUGACAAACAUUAUGGUGGAUUUACAAACAAGCAACUCCAAAGUGGUCAAGAAUAUGUCUUCUUUGUGUUAGCAGUGAUGGAACAUGCAGAGUCUAAGAUGUAUGCAACCAGUCCCUACUCCGACCCCGUUGUAUCAAUGGAUCUGGAUCCACAGCCCAUCACAGAUGAAGAAGAAGGCUUGAUCUGGGUUGUAGGUCCUGUCCUUGCAGUGGUCUUUAUCAUCUGCAUUGUCAUAGCUAUCCUUCUUUAUAAAAGGAAGAGGGCAGAGUCUGACUCUAGAAAGAGCAGCAUACCCAACAGUAAGGAGGUCCCUUCACACCAUCCAACAGACCCAGUAGAACUGAGGCGCCUUAAUUUUCAAACACCAGGUAUGGCUAGCCAUCCUCCAAUUCCUAUCUUGGAACUUGCAGAUCACAUUGAAAGGUUGAAAGCAAAUGACAACUUGAAGUUUUCCCAGGAAUAUGAGUCAAUUGACCCUGGCCAGCAGUUCACAUGGGAACAUUCAAACUUGGAAGUAAACAAACCAAAGAAUAGAUAUGCAAAUGUAAUCGCAUAUGAUCAUUCCCGGGUUCUCCUAUCAGCAAUAGAAGGCAUCCCAGGAAGUGACUAUGUGAAUGCCAACUACAUAGAUGGCUAUAGGAAACAAAACGCCUAUAUUGCAACACAGGGAUCUCUCCCUGAAACAUUUGGGGACUUUUGGAGAAUGAUAUGGGAGCAACGGAGUGCAACAGUUGUCAUGAUGACAAAACUAGAAGAACGAUCCAGGGUGAAGUGUGACCAGUACUGGCCCAGUAGAGGCACAGAAACCCACGGGCUGGUGCAAGUGACGCUGCUCGAUACAGUGGAACUGGCCACGUACUGUGUGCGGACAUUUGCACUUUACAAGAAUGGGUCAAGCGAGAAGAGAGAAGUAAGACAAUUCCAGUUCACUGCCUGGCCUGAUCACGGUGUUCCAGAGCACCCUACACCUUUUCUAGCUUUCUUACGGAGAGUCAAAACCUGUAACCCUCCUGAUGCAGGUCCCAUGGUUGUGCACUGCAGUGCGGGAGUUGGCCGGACUGGUUGUUUCAUCGUAAUAGAUGCCAUGUUAGAAAGAAUAAAGCAUGAAAAAACUGUAGAUAUUUAUGGCCAUGUAACUUUAAUGAGAGCCCAGAGGAAUUACAUGGUUCAAACAGAAGACCAAUACAUCUUUAUCCAUGAUGCACUGUUAGAAGCAGUGACUUGUGGAAAUACCGAAGUGCCAGCUAGAAACUUGUAUGCCUAUAUUCAGAAGCUGACACAAAUAGAAACAGGAGAGAAUGUCACAGGAAUGGAGCUCGAAUUUAAGCGUCUAGCCAGCUCUAAAGCUCACACCUCAAGAUUCAUCAGUGCCAAUCUUCCAUGUAAUAAAUUCAAAAAUCGCCUUGUUAAUAUUAUGCCAUAUGAAUCCACAAGGGUAUGCCUGCAGCCUAUCCGAGGAGUAGAAGGAUCUGAUUACAUCAAUGCCAGUUUUAUUGAUGGAUACAGACAACAGAAAGCCUACAUCGCUACCCAGGGACCCUUGGCAGAGACCACUGAAGACUUCUGGCGAAUGCUCUGGGAACACAAUUCCACCAUUGUCGUGAUGCUCACCAAGCUGCGUGAGAUGGGCAGAGAGAAAUGUCACCAAUACUGGCCAGCAGAACGAUCUGCAAGAUACCAGUACUUUGUUGUAGAUCCAAUGGCUGAGUACAACAUGCCACAAUAUAUCCUAAGAGAAUUCAAGGUCACAGAUGCUAGGGACGGUCAGUCCCGAACAGUGAGGCAGUUCCAGUUCACCGACUGGCCAGAGCAAGGAGUGCCAAAGUCUGGAGAAGGAUUUAUUGACUUCAUUGGCCAAGUCCAUAAAACAAAAGAGCAGUUUGGCCAAGAUGGGCCCAUUUCAGUCCAUUGCAGUGCGGGCGUUGGAAGAACUGGAGUCUUCAUAACGUUAAGCAUUGUUUUGGAAAGAAUGAGAUAUGAAGGAGUUGUAGAUAUCUUCCAGACUGUCAAAAUGUUAAGAACACAACGACCAGCCAUGGUACAGACAGAGGACCAGUACCAGUUCUGCUACCGAGCCGCACUGGAGUACUUGGGCAGCUUUGAUCACUAUGCAACGUAGAAACCCCUAACCCACUUUGGGUUCUUACUGCAGGCCCUUCAGUAUCCACGGAGUCUCUUCUGAGCCAUACAGGGCACUUGAGAAGUCCUUCUUAACUUCUAGCUAACUACCACUUAGUGGGACUAUUACACACAAAACAAAAUAAAAACAAACUCUUCUGGGUGGACCAAGAAUUCAGUUUAAUAAUCUAACCUGAAAAAAUAAUAAAGAGAAUCCUGACUGGUGAGGCAUCUGAAGGAUUUUUACAGAUACCUCAAGGAUUCAAAAUAAAGGGAAGAAGAAAUCACAGCAAAGAACCACCAUCUUGUUCAGAAUUGCUUGUUAGGUGUGAGGAGAAAUUGCCAGAGUCCUGCAGUUCAGUGCAAGAUGUUUGCUGGCGUGGCUUCUUGUGACAAAUGGACUCUGCUGCGACAUCGCCCCUUCCCACCAUACUGCUCAUAAUAACAUUUUAGGGGGGGGUCGGGGGGAAAUGUUUAAAAAGAAAGUCUUUGAUUUAGUUUUUUAGUAUUGUAAAGAUACUGCUGACCUGUGCUUCAUUUUUAACUGUGUAAACUUCUUUUUAACAAAUGUAUCAUUCGAUAAAGUGAAUUUUAAAAAAGUUACAUAACUCUUCAUUUUUUAUUUCCAAAUUGUAGGUUUUUUUAAGCUGUAGAACUGUUAUCUGUAAUAUCUUGCUGUAGAAAUAUCAAAUAAUUUGAAAAUUUGCACAUUUUUGUGCAAUAUUCUUAAUCUACAGUAUCCGUCUUGUCAGAUAUUACUUUCACACUUCUGUUCAGUUUUGGUUGGUGAGAAAGUACCCAUUCUCUUCAUAUAGUCAAAGAGAACUUUUUUGUUUUGUUUUGUUUUGUUUUUGGAAUCAACAGGGAGGCGCAAAGUAUAAAGUUGCUGCUAACAUAUAUACAUAUAUAUCCAUAUUUUACAGGGGUGUCUAUGUAUAUAUAGACAGUGUGUCCACACAAAAAGAUAGAUAUAGCUAUCAUUCAGUUCUUCCAUGAAUUAGUUUUGGGGUUUUUUAGUUGUUUUUUGUUGUUUUUAGGUAGAGAACCUAUUAUAAACAUCUUUUACAAUUUAUUAUUAAUUUUAUGACAUAUGGGUAUUUCUUAAUAUCAUAAAAUUUUAAUUUUAAGGGAAAUGAGGAAUGCACAUCAGUGAUUGUCAGGCCUCACCCCCUAAUUUCCUAUCCAGUCUCCUCCCGCCCACCUACUCAUAUUCACAAAUAUCCUUUUGUUAGCCAGGCUUCCAACAAAGUUCAAUAUUUCUAACACUCUAGUGCAAUAAAAAAAAUUACUAAAUAUCUAAGAGGUGUGCAUGUGGGAAAGGUCAGUGCAUAUCCCUUUAGGAGGGGAGAAUGUUGUAAUAUAUCAGCUAUCAAGUUGUUUAAAAAAAACAAUGUAUUCAAUCGUAUAUUGUCUAUAGUAUGUGCUAUGAAAUUUGCAUUUACGAUAUGUAACAGGGGCAAAGCCAAACUCAUGUUACUCUGUUCAGUCAGAAACAUUUUGAGGCAUACAGCACAACUGGGAAGUGCUGUACUUUGUUUUCUUUUGGUUUUAGUUAUGCAUUUAGAGUGCCUUAUAAUUGAUGCCUAUUUUAAUAGCAUUUCUUUUUAGCUUUUGGUUCAUAUUUUCAUUAGUUGUUCUUAUAUGUUACUCUUCCAAUUAAAGCAUUAUCUGUUUACCACAUGUACAAAAACUCUUUGAAUAAUAUGCAUUCCUAGUUUUCAACUAAGUCGGGGAUGUUAGUGAUUGUACCAGCCCAAAGCACUUGGAUAAUCAGGGCCCUUCCUUUCAUGGUUGCCGACAUCAAGAAAAGCUACUUGUUUUAUUUAGAAUCCCUGCCAAAUCUGUUCUGAAACAUUCAGUAACUGCACCAAACUUGUUUUAGUGACAAAUAUCAUUGUCAACUUUGGAAUAUAUUUACUAAUCCAUUAGGAUUUUUCUAAAAGGGGAAAUUAAACAAUUAUCUAUUUUCCAACAUAAUCCCAAAUUUUCCAACAUAAUUGCUAUAGGAAGCCAUGGAAAAUGGCAUGAGUUUGCCAUAUCUUAUAUGAUUUUAAAGAACCCUCAAAAUAUCCAAGGAACUCUUAAAGAGUUUUGGUAUAGAUAUAACAUUUUGGUUUAAUUUUAGCUUCUUUGAUGUUCAGCAUAAAAGGAUUUUGUUUUCCACAUUUUACCAUCACUAGCAGAAUGAAAUCCAAGAGACCAAACACUUGCAAGCAUCAUAUUUGAGCACUUUUGUAAAAAAAAAAAAAAAAAAAAAAAAAAAAAAAAAUUAAGAAAAAAAAGAAAAAAGAAAUAAUGUUAAAAAAAAAAAAGUAUCUAGAAGGCUACCUCAGAAUGAGACUCUCUAACCUACAUCAGAACCAGAGAAGAAUGUGCACUAUGUGGAUCUGUUAUUAUCUUUUAGUUUGUAUCUUUUGGAGAUUUAUCCAAGUGCCAGAUUACUGAGUGCUGUGAUUUUCAUUUAGUGAAACAAAGGGGGUCAGACAGACUUGCAGACAUGCCACGUUAGACAUGUAGAAUCUGAUGGUGUAUAUUACACACCAGAAUGACUGACCAAUGAGCAGUUUCUCUCCCUGAAAUAAAAACUGCCCAUUUGGCAAAGGGAAAGAGGAGAAUAAUCACAAGAAGAAAAUUAAUGGGAUGCAUACCAUACAAACGAGGCAGAGACUAUUCAGAGAUCUUAUUGUUUAGGCGCUGUUCCGAGAACUAACUCCCUUCCUGUCAUUGAUGUGCAUUCCACUCUGUGAUUUUCUGUACAACCAUUCUAGUUUGAUUUUCCCAGGUAAACAUCUUUAUCUACCAUUACCAUAAACUUUCAAGUUUCUAAUUAUUUUCAUCAUCAUAACCAGUACGGUGCUAUUAUUUACCUAUGUACGUGUAGUUAUGUAUAAUUUUGUAAUUAGUUACAAUGGUAAAAAAAAAUCAAAAUAUAUAAAAAGUGAUUUGUACAGAACUUUAUUUUAGCUCUUUUUUAAAAAUGAUUUGCAUGGUUAGACAACGGCAAGGACAGCCAGGGGAGGGAAGGGCCUCUAGGGAACUUUGCACUUUCUAUACCUUUGUACUAUGCACUGCCCUAUUGAUUCUACACCCAAUAAUGUUAUUACUUGAACCCAUCUGUAAGAAACUGCUUCAGAAAUUCAUUUGUGUGUAUGUAAAUAACACAACAUAGACACAGGAAGAGAAAAAAUUCUUCAGUAACAGAGAUUUUUUUCUUUCCUGUUUAUUUUUGGGUUUGCUUUGUUUUAGUCCCUCCUUUUUAUUUUUAAUUCCCUUUUAUUUUUUUCUUUUUGGGUUUUGGUUUCCUUUGGGUUUAUGGGUGCCCUGAUACUCCAGCAGAGAUCAGAAGGCUACAGAUCCAUUCUAUCCAUCUGCUAUGUGGCUUUGCCAUUCAAGCUUGGAGUGUCUUUACAAAGAUAAUAACAGUUGUGUUCUUUGCUCUCGUUUUGGAUGCAUAGACUGAAAAAUUUAAAAAAAUAACUUGUAAAAUGGCUUGUUAAAAAAAUACAAUUACCUCUAAUUAGUAGUACGCGUAAAUGUUUUACAGAAUGAAAGGCGUGCUUUUUAUUUUCUUACUUCGUUACAUUGGUGGCGAAAGAAGUCUGUAUGAAAAUCAGUUCUUUGCUGACACAAGUUCCAUUUGUUACAAAUGAAUUCUAAUAAAAAUGUCAGUGUUAUGC